CCUCAAUUUUAACUUUUUAAUUUAAAUUUAAUUUCAAUUCCUCACUUGUUUAAAAACAUUGAAGCUUCAAAAAGACUUCACUCUAUUUCUAUUUUACAAAUGUUGUCAUGUUUUCUAAUGUAUGUAAACAGUACACUUACACAUACCUACGGUUAUAAAGAACACAAGUAACGGUUACAGUGGGUGCUUCGGUUGCAGUGCCCGGCCAGUACGCUUUGGUCUGACUCUACCUUGUACUAUUGAGAACAAGGAGAAUGCACGGCCAUAUAUCAUCCGAGAAGAUGGUGAUGGAGAUGCAGGUGACGGACCUGUAUUGUACCGAGAUGAUGAUGAUGAAGAGAGUCGGCUUGCUGCCAAGAUUGCGCGCAAGGACAGUCUGGCCCUGAAAUUGGCUCUGCGUCCCAAUCGUCAGGAACUAAUAGCCCGCAACAUCAUCCAUGAGGAGAGCGAAAAUGAAAGAAUGGAGACAAAAGAAGCCAUUGGUGCACGACUUAUUCGGCGACUUAGUAUGCGACCAACACAGGAAGAACUAGAAGAAAGGAACAUUCUUAAGAAACAAUCUGCAGCAGAAGAAAAGAAAAUGAAAGAGGAGAAAAAACGCAUGCUGCUGAGAAAGCUUAGUUUCCGGCCCACUGUGGAGGAACUGAAAGAAAAGAAGAUCAUUCGAUUUAAUGAUUAUAUUGAAGUCACUCAAGCACACGAGUAUGAUAGACGAGCUGAUAAGCCAUGGACAAGGCUAACUCCCAAGGACAAAGCUGCCAUUCGCAAAGAGCUAAAUGAAUUCAAAAGUUCAGAAAUGGAAGUACACGAAGAUAGCCGACACCUUACAAGGUUUCAUAGGCCAUGACAAUUGCAAUGGUAUUCUCCCAGAGAGAGUGAGAUGUGCUGCCCCCUCCACUUCCGCCAGUGCGAGGCCUGUGCUGGGUAAACGUAGCGGUUGCCAGCCCCGCCUCUCCCGCCAGCCCUUCGUCCACUGCGGGUGCCAUGGGGACUCCAGUCCAAAGAGUGCCCCUGAGAAGUGUUCUUUUGUACGAAUCACAUCUGUUGUUGUCUGACUUGAUAUAUAUACUAGUGCAGAGAAUAAAUAUUGUGUGUGUGAGUGUAAGGAAUGGUUAUAAAAAAUUUUAAUAUUUCCUGUGUAAAUAAUCAUGUAAUGUGUCACUUUACAAACUGCCAUUUCUGUUAUGAGGUGGCUUCUGAACAAAGUAGUGCAGUUUUUGGCACAAGUAUGAUACUGGUAACCUUCCACAGCCAAUAAGAUGAGUGUGUGCUGCUUGUUUCUUGGUAGAGAGGCAUUGAAUUUUGAUUUCAUAUAAAGAAAUCUGCAUGCACCAAAAUGAUGUUCAAUUAUGUUUUUUUCCUUUGUGUCAGAUCUUUAUUGCUGAUGACAAUGAAAAAUAAUAAUAACUCACAUUUAAACCUAAAUAAUUAUAUUCUAUCUUGGAAACUAUCCCAUCAGUCUUGCUCUCAGUUUAGCCAGAAUAACUAAGUUUCUUUUAACAAUUCUACAGCUCAUGUAUUUGAGAAGAAUUUGGAUUCAAUAGAUAAAGUCAUCUUGAGAUACUUUGUGAAAUUCAGCAUUUAUUUAUAUACUUAUUCUGUACUGUAGUUACCUUCAGAUAAAAAUGUAUUUGUCUGAUGCAAUGAGAGUAUGAUAUGUUCUUAAAUUCUUGAAAUUACCUUGAAUUAAAUACCUUCCUUAUUAUGUUAAAGAUUGCUCCACGGUAAUAAUGCAAAUAAGGGUGUGCCUAGAUGUUCCAUGUGAAUCAUUGGCAUUAAAUUGUAAUGAUUUUGGCAAAAGGAAGCAAUAUUAUACCUAUCGUCCAUUGUUCAUUAAUUUUUUGUUAAAAUUCUCAAGGUUCUAGAAAUAUUUGUUCCAAUAAUUUUUUUGUCAUUCACAAACCAGAAACUCUUUAACAUUGGCAUUUUUGUGGUUGCCAUUGUGGUGCUCAUUAUUUUAUUUCUUUUAGUUAAUAUGUCAUCACUGCAAGGGGAGAGUAUAUUAUUGACCAAGAAAUCAAUUGAUUUUUGACUGAGACAUGUGUACUGCAGAUUUAUCUACCAUAUUUUAAAAAUUAUUUUAUGUGUAUUGAAACAUUUUCUACCCUAGUGUAUGCCUUAGGUUUUUCAGCAUUGGUUCCCACACUUCCAACAUCAAAAAGCAUAGAUCAAGUUGAGAAUAAUUUCUUAUUUUGUAAGUGUCAUUUGUUUGUACUUUUCUGUAAUGAUGUUAUGUGUAUUACAAAAGUGUGCAGUCAUUUUGUGAAGUUUCCUGUAAAUUCUUUAAUACCUUUAAAUGCAUUUUAUAAAUUGUUUGUACGAUUCUUCUGCUUAGUCUAAUGAGUGAAAGUUGUGGUAUCUAAAACUCCAUUAAUCUGUAGCAAUAAGUCACUUCAGCAUCAAUUUUCGCCAUGAUAUUAGCAAGAAUAUAAUUAAUUUUUUUUUAAUUGUUAGGCUCCAUAGUUCACAUCAAAAACUGUUAUAAAGUAACAAAAAGAAAAAGGAAACUGAACUGUAGCUCUUAUUUCAAAAGAUAUAAUGAAUUGGUAGUAAUAUACUUGUUGAAAUAAUACUUUUUAUACUGCAUUUUAGUUGAAAUUGUCAGUGAAUGAGAAGUUUUUAAAUAGUAUUUAGAAUUUUCAAUAAUUAAUUGUUAGGUUAGCCAACAUAAAGGAAUAUCAGGGAUCAAAGUAAUGAGUUUGUGGUCAGAACCAUGUAAUUGUGAACAGUUAGGCUUACAACUUUUUACUUCAUUAGCAAUUAGUAUAGAGUGAGUGAUACAUGAAAUGCAUCUGCUGAAUAUUUAAAUGAGCAUAUAAAUGAAAGGUUUAGGCACCUUGGAAGUUUACAAUGCUGUGGCAACUUUAUCGUCUAGCUGAUCAACUUUGCAUGACAGUGAUCAUACCGUUGUGUGGAAAUAUUGUGGAUUGUUAAAUUUUAUUGUUUUGACACUCAAAAUGUAAAUAUAUCUUAUCAGUUAGUUAUGAAAUAAAUCAUACAGUUAAGGUAAUACACUAAUGUAUCAUCAUAACUGUAAGAAAUGCUGCAUUUUAUAAAAAAAACAACUAUAAAGAUCACUGAAGUUAAGGAGUUGAGAGAGUAAGGGGACUUUUUUAGGAAAGAGAAUGAAUGUUUAAAAGAUUUUGAAAUAAUAUGAAGAAAAAGAAACUACAAUUUGAAAAAGAACAUGGAUUCGAAUUGACCAAAUCAAAGAGAGUUAAUAAAUUUUUCAACUAAAGUGAAAACUGUAAAGUUUGUUUUUAAUCAACUUAUUUGCAUAAAUUGAUCUUCAUGCUUCUAAAUUUGUUUCACUAUUAUUUUUCCAAGGAUUUAUCUCAUCUUGAAAAUACACAGCAAACUAAUGCACUUUUGUAUUUUGUGCAGUGAAACAAGGAUUUAUUUCCCUUUCCAUAAUUUAUUUUUUAUAUUUUUAGUUUUAAAUAGUAAAUAGUUUUAGAAUGGUACACAUAAUAUUCUCAGCAACUUUGCUUUAUGAUUUUUAAAAUUAUAGUGUUAAUAUAUUUUAAAACUCUAUUAAUUGCCAUGAAGAACAACAUUUCUAAAACAAAUUAUCACACAUACUGUGGGCAAAUGUCAGGAAUGUAUAAUUUAAAUUAUAAAAUUUGUUGGCUAUCCUGUUUUCUCUCUUGAGUUGUCAUGAUUAUGUUAUGAUGAAAAGUUUGAAUGUAAUAUUAUUUGAAUGAAAUGUUCUCUUUAUAAAAUUAGAAUUUGGCAUCGUCAUAUUGCAUCAUGGUACUCUGAAGUGACUAGAUUUUUGAGAGGUAUAUACGCAGCACAAUUUUGUAAUAGAAACCUCAAAGUUUGGGAGCCAGUGAUAAAAUGUUAUGUAUUUUGCCAAAGAAUUAGAAACUUUUUACUGGCAGAUAUUUUUUGUUCUGAGCCAGAAAACUGAUACUUCCAAUUAAUCCUUAAAUUUUGCUUUUUAUAAAUAGAAUAGACAAAAUAUGAUUUUAUCAGAAGUGUUUCAACAAUUGCAAUUGAUGUGGGAAAGUGAGAGUGUGAGUAAUUCUUAAGAAACAUUCUGCCUAGAAUUGUGUUCAUUCUUUUUAUGAGUUCUGUAUAUAAAAUAAAAGUGAAUUGUCUAUUGUAAAAAUAUUUUUUUCACUCUUAUGUAAGGAACAUCAUAGGCAGUAAUUUGUUUAAGAUUUCUCAGGAGCAUAUCUUGCCCAGAUUUUGAUUUGGAAGAAAUCUAUGAUCUUGUUUUAUUUUUUUAUAAACUAAAAAAAUUUUGAGCUGUAGUUUUACAGGUAUAAUUUGCUUGUGUGAGUGCACGUGAAGUGGAGCAAACCCUUGGAUGUGGCAAACUUCCACAGAGUGCCGAAGGGUGGAGAAUGGACUUGUGUCCGUGAGGGCCAACUGAGUGAUCCUUGCCAGUGUUGCUUGUACAGUGCUUGUACAGUGUGGUGUUUGCCCUGACACCAGGCUUUAUACUACUUCAUACUUUGUUAUGUAAUUAUAAUGAUUAUGUAUAUAUAUAUGCAAUCAUAUAAACAUAUAUACAGUAUUAUGACUUGAGAAUGAUUUUUACUCAUUUGAAUAAGAACAAAAUGUCUUCCAAAUAAAGGAGCAUUCACUCUUUAAGUAAUUGAGUAUGUUGUGAAAAUUCUCUUGUAUUCAAGAGAGUUUGGAAAUUGACCAAGUAGGCUAUCUUAUUGAACGCAAACAUUUUAUUUUUCAAAGUGCUCUUUUAGCUACAAAUAGGAAUUAGAUUCGUGAUGCAGCAACUUAUUUCUUGAGAUGCUAAUUAUUCCUCACUAAUAGUUCUUAUGAAAGAAUGUUCUCUUUGAACAUAUAUGAAAGCAAGCUUUGAUUUUUCUGUAGUUUAGAAGACAGUUAAACUAUGAAAUUAUCAAACAUACUAUGAAAUUUUUAUACAAAUGUCUUGUAUAUUGUUAAUCUGUGUAUAACUAUCUCUGUAUUCAAUGAUAAUUUCUGUUAACUUGUGGUACAUUUAUAGGAAAUAGCUAAUGUUGUAUUUUACACAGAGUAUUCAUUCUGUCUCUGUCUUUCUUACAAAAAAAUAUUAAAUUGACUACAACUUUUUUGGGGGAACUGCAGAAUGCUCACACCUUUCCAGGGAAAUAAUAUAUUCCCAAAUCCCAGUUUGAAAAUUACACCCAUCAGAGUAUUUCAACUAAUGUAUUUCACUUAAGUAACUUUUUACUGCAAAAUGCAUUCCUCUUUUCCAAGUUUCCAUCUCGGAUACCAUUUGUACUGUUACUAUAAUUUCACUUAUAAAAAUGCACAGGUAACUUGAAAAUUAACUUUCUCUAGCAUGUGAAGGGUUACACGGAAAAACAUGAAAAGCCCACAUUCAUGCAUUGCAAAGAAAUUGUAUUGAAAAUUUCAGUGCCAAAUAAUACAGUGAAAAAUGUUAAUUUUCUCUCACAAUUUUUUUGUAGCCAGUGAUAUUUUGCAGGUUUCACUUUGCUAAAAUGUAAUACUUAAUGUGUACUAUAGUAUAAUGUUCCAGUCUAAAAUUUCACCACAAGAAGACUGUUUUUCCCCUGCAUUAUUUGUACAUUAUUGACCCUAUAACUGAAGUCUGUCUAGAAUUGUUUAAGUGAUGUUAGCUUUAAGUAUGUUUCAAUAUUAUUAUUAUUAUUAUUAUUAUUAUUAUUUUUUUUUUUUUUUUUUU